CAAAUGUCGUGCCCGCGGUAUUGUUCUCAUGGAAUAACACAUCAUUGGCUACUGUACCAGGUUUCGUACUUGCUAUGGGAAAGGCUUCGUGCUUGUCAAUGAGCGAUGAGAAGAAAUCGCCCCAGAUUUUUAAUUUCUGGUCUCUUGAGUUAGAAAAAUUAAAUUAUGAAAACGCCAUAGGUGUUGAACAAAAAAGGUUGGAAUUUCUAAAGACACGUGGUACGAUACAAGCCUAUGAAAUUGGAAACAACUACCUUUCACGUACCUCAUCUGUAGUUGAAAACAUAAAUGUUAAUAAUUUAUCUGGCGAAAACGCGUUUUUGGUAAACCAGAAUGUGGCCUCAUCAUCAAAAACAACAACAAUCACAUCCACAUCCACUCUCACCGCUAGUGACAACAAUAAUGGUGAAUCGGAGAUCUCAAACCCAUCAAUUUUAGGCAAGCGCGUGCGUGGAGAUAAAUCUGUCGAAAUGGAUGAAAUAAUUGUCGAUUAUACCAAGCAUCAAUUGUUAAAAGAAUAUUGCACUUUACUUUCUAAAUUACAGUAUCAUCCAGUUGAAGAAGAAUCACAACGUGCUCGUCACAUUAUUAACAUGUUAAGAUGGCAUAUAGUUGACCAAGAAAUGUUUAAUAGCAUAGGUUGGACCAAAAUCCCACAGCGACACUUUGUUUCAAAACCAAGUUUUGGUUUAAGGCUCGUUUCUAAUGUAUUGAAACAGCACUCAAACAAUCAGCUUCAUCUGGCGGAACAAUCACUUCAAAAUUUGAUUAUGAAUAAAAGAAUCAAAGACAGUGAUCAUAACUGGAUGUCGACGCCUAUCACAUCAAUUAUGCAAUUUUUUUCUCAGAAAUUAGAUGAUAAAUAUUUCGAUAUAGAUGCUCUGACAGUCGUAUCCGUUGUUUCUAGCAUAAUCUUAUAUACACCAACACCAUGCCGCGGUCUUGGGAGUUCCCCCUCUGAAAAUCACAUUAAGGCAGAAUUAUGGACAAAAAUAUUCUCUAAUGUUUUCACGCUUAAUAAAACGAAAUUUGUUCCUGUUUGGGAACUGCACCAUUUAAUUUCUGGAAAUGGUGGUAGAGGUUCAGCCCGAUCAGAUUUUGGUGCUAUAGUCACGAAUCACAACGAUUUGCAAUUUCUUUUCUUCAUAGUCGAGUUUGAAAGAGGAGGCUUUGAGAUUCAUAAAGAUAACGUAGUAGUUGUUUCAGAGGCGGUGUACGAAUUUAAUCGUAUAUUAACUUUAGCAAAUAAUUUAUCGGAAGAAGAAGUUAACAGAACUCGUAUCCAUAUAGGUUUGGUGAAUGAUACUCGAAUAAGUUUCAGUACAAUUACGCCCAUCUUUAAUCAAGAAGAAUCAACAUUUGUUUAUAUUAAUAAUGACAAAAUACUAUCAUAUGAUUUAAUAACUAAUGAUAUGGAGAAAAACAUCGAAAAUAUUUUACAACUAGUUAUUUACUUGAGAGAAACCAUUUGUGAAGAUGGGCUGUAG